CUGCAGGAAUCCGGAUAUGAUGAAAAUGUUUCAGAACUACAACUUUCCUUUGCAAACUACCGCCACUGAGCGUCGAGUGCGUCGCGACGAUUAUUGUUGUUAUUUCUCAAUGCGUCAGCGGCGUUACCAAGACGUGGGACUGGUACACACUGGCAACUAAACUUGUAGAAAGUUUUGGGACGAGCUACUCUUUCACUUACUUUGUGUUUUUUUUUUUCUUCUAAACGUCUCGCGCGCGCGUUGGAGGAAGGAAGGAUGGAAAUAAUUCAGAUUUGAAGCGAGGGAGUUGUCAUGUUUGAAAGCGCUGAGGGGUGAGGACAAGGAGGAACUGGUACUCGUGCGCGCGUGUCCCUAAAAGAGGACUGUUCCAUGUCCAAGGAGACCGUGCGUCCACCGGAUGGGCCAGCUGGGCCGGGACAGGGCCCACAGCUGGAGACAAAACCUCUGCUGUCCACUGCACACGAUGUUUCUGAUAUUGAAUCAACUGGAAGAAGCCUGCCGUCCCGGAAACUACCCACAGAAGGUCAUGUGACAGAGGAGACCAAUCACUGCGAACCUAUUAGAAUUCAGCCUCGAUCUGAAUGCCAGACGUCGACAGAAUCUGCCCAGAAAGAUGAGACCCAAGACCAAAAUGAGUUUCACCAAAACAGUGUCGACUCGGCCACCUUGAGUAAUGGCAACGGGAUGCACUCCGGACAGAAUGGGACGGGAGGCGGGUGUACAUGUAGCUGUGGGGCCAAUGUUAGCCGAAAUGGCACAGUGGCAGGAGCUCGGACAGCAAUGGUGCACUCCUCCACCAUGACAGAACAGCCCCGCCCUUCCUCUGGCUCUGUGUCCCACAAGAUGCACAAGAAGCUCCGGUCCAGUUUGUCGGUCAAUAGUGACAGCAGCCGCCGCAGCAAGUCCAGUUCAAGCAGCUCCCAGAAGCCUCCCCUACCUGAAGACUGCUGCGUGCACUGCAUCCUGGCUUGUCUGUUCUGUGAGUUCCUGACCCUGUGUAACAUGGUGGUGGCCCAGGCCUCCUGUGGCACGUGCACUUCAGAGGCAUGCUGCUGCUGCUGCCAUGGCGACGACCUGGGCGAUGACUGUAACUGCCCCUGUGACAUGGACUGUGGCAUCAUGGAUGCCUGCUGCGAGUCCUCCGACUGCCUGGAGAUCUGCAUGGAGUGCUGUGGAAUCUGCUUCCCUACAUAGACAUAGACUACAGAUAGGACAAUGAGGAGAAUGGAAGUCUGGUCACUUACACAACAAAGUGAAGAGGCUUAUCAAAAGUGACAAAAACAAUGUGGACUGAAGAUGGACUAAAGAUUCUGUGCUUCUCAAACACAGCAGAUGGACUAAAAAUCCACAAAACUAGACUAUAUUUCCCAUGAUAAUAAGGCCUGGCGUAAUAAAACUAAUGUUGAAAAUAUUGCAAUAAAUGCUGUUAUUGACCAACACAAUCUCUUAAAGCAGGAUAAUCCCAGUAAACUUUUUUAAUUAACAAUUUGAUUAAAAGAAAAAAAAAAAAAGGCUCUGUGCACAACAGCACCCACCCAGUGGACAGGGAGCUGCGAAUAGAUGUCAGAUAGUUUGUGUCUCAAUGUUAAUGUUAAUGCUAAUUUUGAGACAUAAUAAAUAUUAAAACACACCACAAACGGAAGUAUUCUACAUAAGAAAAUGAUUGGGUAGUCUUAAUUUUAAUGAAUUUUAAUUUUAAUAGGUUAUUUAUUUUAUGUUUUCCAAUUGUAAUAAAGGUUUAAUAGAGACACAGUGAGCUAGCUAGCCUGCUGCUGUGCACAGACCCUGUUGCAAUAAAUGAAUGCCAGAAUGGAACACUUUAGUACUAGUGUUAGUAUUUAUGAGUUAUAGAAGUGACAUAUUCUACAGCUAAGUCUCAAUAGUGAUUGUUCCAUCUUUUAUAAUAUUCAAUGAUAAAUCAGUAUUUUAAUAUAGUAAUUAUAGUGACAGACCUUAUAAUAAUUAGAACUAUGCUGACCUCCUAGAAACCCAAAGCCUCAUUAAGCAACAUGCUACUAAUACCAAACAUACACUGCCUGGCCAAAAAAAAGUCGCCACAUGGAUUUAACUAAGCAAAUAGGUACAAGCCUCCGCCAGUUGGUCAGGUCUAGGUUCAGCAACAGUCUGUGCUCAAAGAAUGAGAUCAGCUGACCACCUGAAUAUACUGAGUGACCAGGUUAUUCUAUCAAUGGAUUUUUACUUCCCUGAUGGUGCGGGCAUAUUCCAAGAUGAUAAUGCCAGGAUUCACCGAGUCAAAUUGUGAAAGAGCAUGAGAUUUUCACACAUGGAUUGGCUACCACAGAGUCCAGACCUUAACACUAUUGAGAAUCUUUGGGAUGUGCUGGAGAAGGCUUUGUGCAGAGGUCAGACUCCAUCAUCAAUGCAACAUCUUGGUGAAAAAUGAAUGCAACGUUGGAUGGAAAUCAAUCUUGUGACAUUGCAGAAGCUUAUCAAAACAAUGCCACAGCGAAUGCGUGCUGUAAUCAAAGCUAAAGGCGGAACAACCAAAUAUUGGUGUGGCCUUUUUUUAUUUGGUGGCGACUUUUUUUUGUCCAGGCAGUGUACAAUCACAAUGAUAUUGAUGAUGAUACAUCGUAUGUGACACAAUAUCAGUAUGCUGUACCGGCAGUGAGUAAUGAAUCACCAACCAUCUGGUUAGAGGGUCUCCUUUCUGAAGUAGUGGAGUUCUAUCCUUUAACGUUCUGGAAAAAAACUAAAGUAUGAUGAGGUCUGCCUUAUGGCGUAAGACUGAAAAUGAUAUAGACAGCAUAGAGAGAAAACAAAUAGAGAAGCAUGUUUUCAGUUUGUGAAAAAAGUAUUUCUUUUAAAUAGUUAUGUUUAACAGAAAAUCUAAUUAUAUUGUAAAUGUUUUGGUUUUGUAUUUGUAGGUCUGAUAUGUACACUUAACAUAGCCUACUCAUCCUUUUCACUUUAAUGGAUCUUUCACUUGAAGAUGACUUUACAACACUGUAGGUUUAUAGAGCUUGGGAAAUGUUUAGACCACCUGUUAUAAAGCAGGAACUUGCUUCCAUUUUAUAAACAAUUUAAAUUGGGUUAAGAGUAAAAUAAUUUCAUGUGUAUCAAGUAAUAAAAAACUUAGAUGUGUAAUGCUGUUUUUAUGACUGCUGGGCUAAUACUUUUCCUGAGCUCUGUAUGUGAUACUUAGAUGAAAUCAUAUGCAAUAGAAUAGAUAUUAUCUUAAACAAUCUGUUAUAGCACUGUAGAACAAACUUGUGAAAUUUCAAUCAGGGCAAAGUAGAAAAGUCUCACUUUUUUCUUGAAUACUUUCAUUAAAGUCUUGUAUAGGAUUUUGGAAUAUUUGUUUAUUUUAGGGUAGUUUUACACAGUUGUUAACAGUUAAAGACCGGAUAUAGGUAUGAGCGACCGUAGAUAUGUACAAUUGAUAUACUGCAGUGAUAUCACGCUGGGGGGGACUGAAUGAAUGUCUAUGACUGAAUGUUCAGAAGUUACUCAAAGCACACAGUAGUGAACAGUGCCAAAAAAUUUUCAAGAUAAUCUGAAAACUCAUGAAAAAAAUACAAAAUUGAUUUAAACAACACAUUUUCAGAAUCAUGUGAUCAAUAUAAACAUGCAUGGUCCAAUUUAGGUGUUUGACACAAAAAUUGAAAGUCACCAUCUGAAAAACCUUUGCAAGCUAGCUAGCUGGGCCUUGUUUAAGAGUACAAAGUAAGAUCACCAGUUGUACUUCCAAUUUAGUAGUUUAUGGCCAGAUUGUGCUGAAAUAAAGCUGAGAUUAAAGUCUAACUUGAGUAAUAGAGCUUCAGACUGAGCAGUGCCUUCAGUUAGGCAACUCAAGGCACUGGGGAUGUUGAUGUCAUCAGCUGCAAAAUAUCAGCAUGAGUACUUACAGUAGGAAUGAAACCAUUAUCAGGUUAAUCUCUUCUUAGGAACCAUGAUAUUUGAAGUAAAAACUGCACUCAAAACAUGUCAAUGAAAAUAUGACUAAUUCAUCUCACUCUAAAUCAAUUGUCAAACUGGAAAAUAAUGCAAAAUGUUUUACAACAAAUCAAAUAUUACACAUGAUAAAUGAACUUGUAUGUAUACUUGUGACUUGCUGGACUCUGUAACUGAGGCUGUGAUAGGAAUGGUUAGUUGCUUCAUAAGGAGAUUUGGCCAUGACUCAUUCAGAGGAAGCAGAGAGUGUCACAUUGUACAUGAGUUGUUUCCUGUUCCGCCUUGUGAUCCUCUUUUUAUUGUAAUGAUUCUAUUUUGAAUACUGGACUCAUUAACUGAUACUGUCCACUCCUGUUACUAACCCAUCUACUGUCAUAUACACAUAUCAUAUACACUCUUUGCUAGGAAAUCUGCUUUUUAUUAUAGGCUCGGGAGAUAGAAUAGGCUCCACUCAUGAUGUGCUGAACAGUCAACCUCAUUUUCUGUUUUGUUAACCCACGUUUCACUGGUUAUAAUGGUUCAAACAGAUAAUGUGAAGACUUGAUCCAAAAGAACAAUUAUAGACAUUUCUACAGUUUAUGACCUGGUUAUUAUAAUGUUAUUCAGAGACUCAAUGUUUCUAGAUUUAAAAAAAUGUAAAAAAAA